AUGGCAGCUGGCAGACGUCAACUGGUGCAGUCGUGCUUCUGGGCUGUCGAGUCGCAUCGUUGCGGGGCCGCACUUGCGCUUCGGCGACCUCGCGAGGGCCAUGUGCGACUAGCUUGUCUCCCACGCUGCGAUGGAUCCCCUUCAGAAGGAGCGAUUCCAGCACCGGCGUCUCCAGGCGAGCACUUGCCGCUACACCCGCCCAACGCACGCUACACUCCCGCCGUCCAAGACAGUACCAUUCAUUCUUCUGCCGGCCCACGCUCCUGUGUGAUAUCCUUCGUGGAGCCGUAUCUGUCUGCUCUUCUAGUCCCCUCAUCGACAACCCCACAGCUCGCGUAG